UCUGACAAUAGUUCCCAAAAUUUCCGCGGCUUGCAGCAGGGCGCAUGACGCAUUUUCAAUUCAAAAUUCAAAAAUAAAUAAGUAACUUUGGUACUUAUCUCUGUUUGGUACUUACUUAAGUCUAUGUACUAUUAUAUAGAUUCAAAUAAACCCUAUAUGCCUGAAUUUGAAAUCUCGAAAUUUGAUAUUAAAGUCGGUGGUUGGCGUAGGACCGGAAGUUGAACGGGAUGAAAAGACGUUUACCCAUAAUGCCCUCCUGGUUCAUGUUAAAAACUCUUGCCGGUCUUCCAGUCAUUGAGUGAAAAUUGCCUGUUAAAAGUGAUUUCCAAGGGGAAAAACUGCAAAAAUGGACCAUAAAGAAAUUCCGAGCCAGACGCCCUCUCAAGCUGAACUAACCCAGACUCAACAAUCGACAUCAGAUGAAAUCAUCAUCGAUAAACUACAAUACAAUGUUUCCAGAGAUAUUAACAUGAUUUUAACUAGAAACGCCACUGAACAAGCUCAAAGUGCAGAGAGAGAUCAGAAGCUGAAAAUGCAAAGCUUGAGAUACGAACAUAAAGCAGUCGAAGCCCAGACGCCGACUAAGCAGGAGAUUGAAAAUGCUCUACUGGAACUUCAAAGAACAGAGCAGACUCUAUAUGAGAGUGUUGAAAACAAAAACAACGCAAUGACCUUCUUCAUAGGUACAGAGGCGUUGGUUGAGGAACUGGACACUCAAGUCUCAGCAUUCAGAAGUCGUAAAGAGACAGCACUAGCGAAAUCGGACCGAUUUUCAAAAAAUGUGGCAAAACUCAAGCUAAUGAAAUUACAGCACAUUGAAUCGCAAAAACUAAUUCAAGAACUAGAGAUGAAAAAACAAGAACUUAUGUGCACACCUGAACCUCGAAUCGAUCAAAAUCUAGUUGAGGAAAAUCUAGCCAUAAGAAAGAUGAUUGAAGAAAAAAAAUUGGCCCUGGAGAAAAAACGAUUCGAGAAAGCCAAAAUGGAAGAUCAUAAAUCUAAGAAGUUAUUAUUGCUUAUUGAAAUAUAUAAAAAAGGGGAGGAAAAUCAACAAUGUGAGGAAAACUUGAAAAAAAUGGAAGCCAACUUCAACGAUAUGGCACAAAAGUGGCCUGAGCAAGAACAAGAAAUAAAAACAAAAAUCGCCAUUGACGAGCAAAAGCUUUAUGAAUUAGGGGAAAAUAUCCAAAGCAACGAGCAGACAAUCAAAGAAGUUGACCAAAAAGCGAGUGAAAUCAUGCAAGGUGUUGCUGAAAAACAACUAAAACUAACCAAACUUGACCAACAACUAGAAGACAGACAGCAGGAUGCAAGUACAACUAAAAAACAAGAAUUUGAUAUUGAAAAACUAAAUCAGGAAGCUUUAAAUAAUGAAAUACAGGAUAUUGGCAAUAAAAAGGAGGAGCUUGAAAUGAAAAAAUCUGAUAACGCAGCUACUCAAUCAAAUCUCAAUGAUAAGGAAGCUGAAAUGGUUGCUGAGUUGCUCAAUGAAAAAGCUAAACUAACAUUGCAUCAAACCAAAUUACUGGAGAAAGAAGAUGCCUUAAAAACUCUUCAAAUGGAUAUCGAAACUGAGGGAUCCAAUAUUGAGGAAUUGAAAUCCAAAGAAAUAAACCUCUGUAAAACAUUGGAAGAAGUUAAGGAAAAGCAAAGACAAUUCUCUAUUGAUUAUGAACAGCGUUACAAUGACGUUUCGUUGAAGCACAAGGAAACUUUGGAUGCGCUGUUGAAAAAGAUGCGGACCGCAGAGGCGGAUAUAGAAUUGACUCAAGCAAUUGUUGAUGGAGGUUUAAUGGAACUUGAAAGUUUGGUGAAAAUGAACAAAGAUUAUGAUGAAACUAUAAAAGUGGAAGCAAUGAAAUUGAAUAAUCAAAAAAGAGCUGUAAAGGAUUUUGAAAAAAAUAAGCUCAAACCAAUAGAGGAUUCCUUAAAAACAAAAAAGGCGCUUUUGAAACAGAAAAACGAUCAAAAAUCAACUGGGAAAUCCAAAGUGCCUUCUGCCUUUGACAAACUUGCAGAAAAAACUCAAAGCCUCGAUGACCAAAGCCCAAUCAUUGUUAUUGAGAAAGAAGAGAAUGUGGAAAACGUAACUGGUCGUAAAUCGCCCGGUAUUCUGAAGUCGCCGUACAGGAUCAGGAAACCCACUGUACCACAACCAACUUCACCGAAUCCAAGGCGUGUUACUUUUGACGGGAUUCCUACAUCAGAAUCCUCUUCUGCAAGCACUAAUUCGCCAAAGCGUUAUAGACAGCAGUCUUCUAAAAUUAAUGCUGCCAGAAAGGAGGGCUCUGAUAAGAGAAAAUUUACGGAUUCAUUCUAGAUUAUUAUCAGCUGUAUUUCGUUUCUGAUAUUUAGUUUGUUGUAUUUCCGUUAAUGGAAUUUAUUUAUCAUAGAUUAUGUUUGUUCUUAACGUUGUGCUGCUCAAGCGUGGAAACAUUGAAACAAAUGGUUCAAAAAGUAGGUACUAGUGUUUUCAUUGUUUCUAUAUGCUAUCUUGAACUUUAAUUUUUCAUGUAGCACAGUUUAAUAUAGGUACUUAUUGUUCAAUAAUUAUAAAAUUUACUUGGUUUUAUUUUUGAUAAAGAUUUAUUUUAUGUACAAAUUUUUAUCUUUAUAUGAUAAUUAUUUUCACAUUUCUAGCCUUGCUUGAGUAAUGCCAAGCUUUCUUGUUUCGCUUCCUCUUUAUCCAUUAUUAUUUUCGGUAAAGCUCCACUAUUAGCACCCUCGAUGGCCAGCCUCAAUUCUUUACCACCAACAACCCCUACUAGUUUUCCUAUGGCAGUGACGUACGCAGUGUUCAAGUGCAUCAUGGAAAACAACGAGUGCACCUUGAGGAGGGACGUACGUUCUACUAAUUGAAACGGUGCCGGAUCGACUUGAGACGAAGUGAAGUCGACUUGUUGGUUGAGUUGCUGGUCUUCCCAGGCGUCUUGUUCCGGUUGGGGUAAGUCACAUAUACGAACAGC